AUGAUCAUAAGCGAAGUUAUUGGAAGGAAGCGAGACGUGAACGCGGCAGGGGAGAUUCCUUCUACCACGAUUUCCGCUGAGUCAUCAGAUUCCCUAGCCGCCACCCACGGCGCCUCCCUCGCUUCCCUCGACUCGCCCAACGAGGUCAUUUUCCAUGAAGGGCCCACCGACUCGGAAGAGAAGACAUCGACGCUUGCUAUUUCUGCUGCCGUCUCGGCCGCCGUCGCCGAGACGCAGAAGCUUUAUGGAGCCGCGGCUGCUGCCGUUGUUGCCGAUCUCGCACCGUCCCUCGUCAGCACCGCGUCUCCCGCCGCGAUCGACGCUCACAUCCGCGCGUGCGUCUCCGACGGCCUCGACUCCGCUUUCUACGUCAUGGACGCCGGCGUCGCGCUGCAGCUGCACGCCACGUGGACGCAGCUGCUGCCACGUGUGCAACCCUUCUAUGCCGUCAAGUGCAACCCCGACCCGGCGCUCCUCUCCCUGCUCGCAUCCGUCGGUGCAGGAUUCGACGUGGCCAGCAAAGCCGAAAUGGAAAUGGUCGCCGCGGCUUGCGGCGGAUCCCUCCCGGACCCGUCGCGCAUCAUCUACGCCAACCCCUGCAAGCUCCCGGCGCACAUCCGCUUCGCGGCGGCGGCCGGCGUGAACAUGACGACGUUCGACUCGGUCACGGAGCUGCAGAAGCUGCGCCGCUGGAACCCGUCCGCGCAGGCGGUGUUGCGCGUGCGCGUGGACGACCCGGGCGCGCGCUGUCCCAUGGGGGUGAAGUACGGCGCGGAGGCGGAGGAGUGCCCGGAGCUGCUGGCGGCGGCGCAGGAGCUAGGCGUGGAGGUGGUAGGCGUGGCGUUCCACGUGGGCAGCGGAGCCAAGGACGCGCGGAUUCUCGGAGACGCGAUCAUGCUCGCGAGGGAUGUCUUCAACGUGGCGGAGCAGCUGGGCAUGGCGCCGCUGUCGUUGCUGGAUAUCGGAGGAGGCUUCACGUACGACGGGCUGCAGGAUGAUGACUACGCGAGCGCCGGUGGUGGAGCGGGCGCUGAGGAUGGUGGUGCUGAUGGCGAGAUGUCGUUCCUGAAGGCGUGCUACUCCGUGAACGUCGCUCUCGCAAAGUACUUUCCUGAAGAGAUGGGCGUGCGUGUGAUCGCCGAACCUGGGCGCUUCUUCGCGGAAGCUCCCUUUAUGCUGGCUACGAAGGUGUUUGGCGUGCGCUCCCGAAGGACCACGGCCAGCAAGGCUGCUGCGCUCGCCGCUCUCACCGAGCACGCGUCGAGCUCAUCUGGAAACGCGUCGGCUGGUGAAUGCGCGGUGAUGGAGUAUUGGAUUGACGAUGGCAUCUACGGGUCCAUGAACUGCCUGCUGUACGACCAUGCGGUUAUCUCCGCUCGCCCUGUCAAGAUGGCUGCUGAGGGACAAGACGCGGCGGAGGAGGGGCAGCUGUGCCGGUCGACGGUCUUUGGGCCGACGUGCGAUGGCUUGGACACGAUUCUGAGGGAUGUGUGGCUGCCGCGCCUCGACCUGGAUGACUGGCUGGUGUUUCCGAAGAUGGGUGCGUACACCCAAGCAGCUGGGUCCAGCUUCAAUGGCUUCGUCACGUCUGACAUCAGAAUUGUCCGGGUCUUCUCCUCCGCCUUCCCAGAGGGCGUUGCUGAAGCCGCUGCAUGCCUGCACGACCGCGUGGCUGAUGCCUUGUCUUUCUCUGAUAGCGAUGUUUUGUCAGAGUAA